CUAGUCCUCACUCACUCUCUAGAGUAAGACCGAAAAGCCUCCAUCAACAUGGCACGCAGUAGCUUUGCAUCAGGAUCCGUGUACCUCGGUUAUGGUGGAGGUGGAAGGGGUGGCAGCUUACGCGCCGGAAGCGUCCAUGGUGGAGCAGGAGGCCAUGGGGUUCUCAUCUCCCAAGCCUCUCGGCCUUUGUUGGUUGGUCCAUCUAGAUUAGUUGGUGGAGGCCUCGGCUCUGGUGUAGGUCUUGGUACAGGUCUUGGUGUAGGUCUUGGUACAGGUCUUGGUUCAGGUCUUGGUUUAGGUCUUGGUUCAGGUCUUGGUGUAGGUCUUGGUUCAGGUAUUGGUGCAAGCUCUGCUACAGUUUUAGGUGCAAGCUCUGCUGCAGGUUUUGGCUUUGGAAGUGCUGGUGGGUUUGGAAGUGGUGCUGCAUUCAAAGUUGGACCUGGGUUCGGAGGUAUCAUUGGGGGAGCAGAUGUUGGCAUCCUGGGCAAUGAGAAGUUCACCAUGAGGGUACUCAAUGACCGUUUGGCCUCCUACCUGAAGAAGGUGCACUUAUUGGAAAAGGCCAAUGCAGAGCUUGAGCUGAAGAUCAGGCAAUUUGUGGACAGCAGGACUUCACCUAUUGCACGGGACUACACUGACUCCUUGUCUACCAUCAAUGAGCUCCAGGCAGAAAUUCUGGAUGCCAUUCAGGUGAGAGGUACAGUCCAACUCAACAUUGACAAUGUCACCUUGGCUGCAGAUGACUUUAGGAUUAAGUAUGAGAAUGAGUUGUCCAUUCGUCAGGCUGUUGAGGCUGAUAUCGCUGGGCUGAAGAGGCUGCUGGAUGAUAUCCACCUGGGCAUGGCUGAGCUCACUCUGCAGAUUGACACACUGAAUGACGAGAAGGCCUUCAUCAAGAAGAACCAUGACGAGGAAAUGGUGACCACACGCAGCCAGAUGAGUGGACAGAUUCACGUGGAGGUGGAAGCUGCACCACAGCAAGAUCUCACCAGCGUUCUGGAAGACAUCCGUGAUCACUACGAGACCAUCGCUGCCAAGAACCGGAGAGAGCUCGAGGGCUGGUUCAAGGGCAAGUUGGAGACCCUGAGACAAGAGGUUGCUACCGGCACACAGACCAUAGCAACAUCUCAUACAGAAAUGAGUACAGAGAAAACCAAAGUGCAGGGCCUGGAACUCGAGCUCCAGUCUGUUCUGGCCGUGAAAGCAUCCUUGGGAGCAAAACUGCUAGAGACACAGGCUUUCUACGCUGCGCACUUGUCAGGAUACCAACUGCAGGUGACGAGUCUGGAGGAACAGCUGCUGCAGCUUCGUGCUAAUCUUGAUCGUCAAGGCCGUGAUUAUCAGAUGCUGCUGGACAUCAAGACCAGACUGGAGGUGGAGAUUGCUGAAUACCGGAGACUGCUGGAAAUAGGGGCCCUCGGAAUUGCCUUAGAUAUUACCGGCAGGAGCUCUCCUUCCGCGGCUCCUUCUGCAGCUCCUACCGGAGUGCUGCUACAGCAACCUAAAGAGAAGGCUGAUCCAAUUCCAGUAGAAUGACAACAAAACACAUGAUGGAAUGUAUUUCACUAAGCAUUUCAGUCAAGUAAUAAAGAUAAAAUUUCAAUCAU